AUGACUCGCGCGUCUGGAUCGAAGAAGGCUGUGGGCGCGUCGACCUUGCCGCAGGGCGGCUCGAUAUCCGACUGGUUCAAGAAGCCGUCCGUGACCACCUCGUCGAAUUCAUCUACCACUACCGGUCUGCGGCCCGCCACGGCGCGCCCCAGGAAGGAGAAAGGGCGUCCUGCUGAGCGCGCCUCGCCUCGCCUCGCACGCAGGCCUGACCACGACUCGGCUUCGACGUCUACACACCCUAAUAAAAAGCUGGCCGUCUACGUCUCGCUUCCUAGUAGGAGCACCUCCUCGACCAGAAUGUCCAGCCCUCCGCCGCAAGACGACCCGGAUGCCCUACCUAUGCCGUUGCUCCGCCCUCGCUUCAAUAGUUCAGCCUCGGCGUUGUCUGACCUCACAUCUCUACAUGAAUCUAUUCAAGACUCUUCAGAGCUUGACCCUCUGACCUCGACCGAGGACGAACGCGGACCUAGCCCGAUCCCCGAACCCCCGACUGUCACUCGCCGUACUGCGAGGAAACGGAAAGGUGCCGAGUUACCCGUUACCCCCACACCUACGAAGAAAAGGACAGGUAGAUUACCGUCCUCGGCCAAGAAGCGCCGUCUCACCUCCCCACCUGCCGACGACGACAAUAUGCCAGUCCUCCCUAGCUCGCAGAGUGACGAAUUGGAGAUCUCACUUGGCGGAGCGAUGGAUGUUGACCAGAUGGCCGAUGUCGAUCCAUGGCACAUCGACGACGAGGAGAUGGCUGACCCCUCGUCAUCCGUCCACGCGCCUGCGUCUUCGCCUCAUUCACAACGCACCCCGAAUCGAGCUCAGUCGAGACAUCAGUCGCAAGCAUCGUCACCGCUGAUGACACUGUCUCCCAAGUCAAAGACGGCGAAGGUGUUGGCAGAGGCGAAGGCGGAAGCGCGCAGACAAGUCGACGCUGAUGCUGCGCGACGAGCGGCGUUGGCCGCGCAAAUGAUAGACUCUGACGAGGAGCUCAAUCGCGAUGUUCCAGACGUGCUUCCGGAGAGCGAUAGCGAGGAUGAGCUGGAAGGGUUCUUUACGCUGAAGAAGGGGAAAGGAAAGGGGAAAGCCUCGACUAGAGACUCUUCCCCGUCGCUCAGCUCGCCCAUGGUCACCAGCUCGCCUCUUCUUACUCAACGCCCGAUGCGCGAACGUAAGCAGGCUACACGCCGUCCCGCAGUACUUGCGGCCGAAAGCAAAGCUGCCGAGCGUCGCAAGAAGUCCCCGAAUCCCAUCGAUAAAUUCCUGCGCGAAAAGAACGCCGCUGAACGUAAAGGCACGGGUGAAAGUGCCUUCCUCAAGGCCGAGUUGCGUGAAUCGUCCGCGGAGACCGAAGCGAACAUGGGGGACUUCGAGGCAGCCGCACGUCAUGCGCAGGAAGGUAUCGAACGCGCCUACUCCGGUGCAGCCUAUCAGGAAGACGACCCGCACGAGUUCAAUCUCGACAAGAGCAAGAAGAGUGCGAUGAAGCUGCUUGGCGCUGAAGGUGGUAAGGCGACGUUCGACAUCAUCGAAGCCGACCAAUUGGCUGGGCCGGAUGAGGGAAGAAGUUCGAGACCGGUGGAGAUCUGGGCUCGCGCACUGGGCGGUGAAGUCGAAGAGGAUAUGGAUGUUGAUAUGACUUCGACGCCGUUUCCGGUCUGGGAGCCAUUCGAAGGCGAAAGCAAGAGCAUGGUCAUGCUUCGAGAGGCCUGGAUCAACGACGUAUAUCCUCGGGCUAUCAACUUCAUCAGCGCGUCACUGUUGGACCCGCGAGUCCUCAAGGCGAGCCUUCCUGUGCUGCGCUCGCUCGCUCAACUCGCUCUUUCCAUUCGCCCCGAUGAAGCUCCGGUGAGGGCAUACCGUGCUCUCAAUGAUAUGGCGAGGAAAGUGCCCAAGGGCCAGGUCAUACCUUUCCCCGCAGCGCUCAUUGCCCAGACAAUGGCUGGUCUUGGUCUCAAGGCUGAGCUUGUCGCGAAGAUUUGGCCGGAGGCGCUGGCUUCGCAACCUACUGGCGCGAAGACGAGCGAGGACCGGCAGAAGAUCCUGCGCCGCAUGCUCACCCUCGUGAAGAACUAUGUCGUCGAGGGCGGUGUUAUCCCCAACGACGAGAUCCCCAGUAUCGUCAUGGCUUUCAUCUUCAUUGCGAACGACGUAGAGACCGGCUUGGACUUACGGAUCACCGCUACGUCCACCAUUGACGCCGUUCUUAGCCGCCUGUCGAACGACCGUGAUGAGAGUCACAAGACUGAGGCUUUUAUCGCGCGUGAGAUAUGGCUAUAUACGUCGUCACUGGCGCCACCGUAUCAGCAUACCAUCAUCAACACAUUUGCUCUCUCCAAUCGACCCAGCAUCCGCAUCUGUCGACGUGUUGCCUUUCAUCUUCUGCUCCAAACGCCGCCACCGAGUGAACCGGAUGAAUACCUCGCUCUGCCUUCUCUGGACCCCAUCAUCACACUUCUCUGGCGCGCGCACGAUGGUCCCUUCGCUAUCACAGCCGAGACAAACUACUACGACCUUGAAGCACGCGCGGAAGUACUGAACCGGAUGCUUGUUGGCGUGGAAGAGUAUGUUAUACUGGAGACCAAGAAGUCUGGUCUGUUGAGCAGCACAGACGCGAUGGUGCACGAGAACGGAGCGCCGCUUGAGCAGCUGGAAGUCGCGCUGAAGCAUUUGUACGGGAAGAUCAAUGACACUGGAGCGGCGCAUCUCGAUCGCUCGUCGGCCAAGAGCUGGAUCCAGAUGGUCCAGCUGCGGGUGCACUAUCAGCGCGAAGGGCUCAAGGAUGCGCUUUCAGGUGGGAGAAGGAGGGGGCCGCGGAAGAUUACGGACUUUGCGAUUGCUUCGUCGUCGAAGAACACUAGCGCGGCCGUGAGCAGGGAGGCAAGUACUGGUCCAAGCGGCAGCGCUGGUGUUGAUGGGAUGAUAAUUGGGGCUUGA